AAGUAGGCAAUACCCAACUUUUUUCUUUUUCUUGGAGCACAUCUCUCCCCCAAAAACCCAGGUUGUUGGAUGUUGUGGUUGAGUAUUCUCCUAUUCUUCCUACGCUUGCUCAAUACGCACUCAUCAGAUGAUUUUCCUAAUAAUAUUGACUCACAUUCUAGCAGCUAAACUUUAUAAUUAUCCCCACUUUCGUCGUAAAUUUUUUGUAGAAACAUAAGAGUUCAAUUCAAGUCAGCUGAAGUGGAUUAAUCUCUGGAUUGUACAUCUGUGACGUCCUACUUCCUGGGUUGUCAUGCAUUUUCAUCUCCAUUUACUUGUCUGUUUACCAUUAUACACUUCGAUGCAUUAAUCUUUAAUUAAGCAGAGGUUAAAUUUACCCAAGGAAGACCAUUAUGCCUUUCGGAUUAGUCUCAGCAUGGAACAAGCGACGGAGAAGCAAGUCCCAAGAUCACUCGGACCCUUGGGUUUAUAAACCUGUGGAGUUUUGGCAACUUGAAGAUCAAGCAACUCAAACCAUAAAGCGAAGCCAUGGAUCAUCGGUUUUCACACUCAAGGAGAUGGAAGAGGCAACGUGCUCUUUGAGUGAAAAAAAUUUGCUUGGAAAAGGGGGAUUUGGCCGAGUUUAUAGGGGCAUCCUGCGGUCAGGAGAGGUUGUAGCAAUCAAGAAAAUGGAUCUGCCAGCAUUCAAAGAAGCUGAAGGGGAAAGGGAGUUCCGUGUAGAAGUUGACAUCUUGAGCAGGCUCGAGCACCCAAAUCUGGUUUCCUUGAUUGGAUAUUGUGCUGAUGGGAAGCACAGGUUUCUGGUGUAUGAAUAUCUGCAAAAUGGGAAUCUGCAGGAUCAUUUAAAUGGAUUUGGAAAAGCAAAAGUAGAUUGGCCCUCGAGGUUAAAAGUGGCACUCGGAGCAGCAAGGGGACUUGCUUAUCUACAUUCAAGUUCUGUUGGCAUACCAAUUGUCCACAGAGAUUUUAAGUCCACCAACAUUCUUCUAAAUGAAAAUUUUGAAGCAAAGAUAUCUGAUUUUGGUCUUGCGAAGUUGAUGCCGGAGGGCCAGGAGACAUUUGUGACUGCAAGAGUUCUCGGAACAUUUGGGUAUUUUGAUCCCGAGUAUACAUCAACAGGGAACCUCACUUUACAAAGUGAUGUUUAUGCAUUUGGAGUGGUUCUUCUUGAGCUCUUAACUGGACGUCGAGCAGUGGACUUAAACCAGGGACCGAGUGAUCAAAACCUUGUCCUACAGCUUAGGCAUAUUUUGAAUGAUCGGAAGAAACUACGCAAGAUUACCUGUAGCACUAUAGGUUUCCCCGUAAAUAUGAUAAAUUACAAGGAGAUGCCAGACCAUCGGAUUGAAUUCCUGGCCAAAAUCAACCAAAUUGGAUAAUCACCGCAAGCUGGCCAGACUAUACCCUGAAGGACCUGAACCAGAAUCCAAAUCUUGAAUAAGGAUAGUGCAGCGGACAAUAAUUCAAAUAUAGUAACAACAAGCAGAAAAGGCUUGAAAACAAAGAUGUUCAUGAGAUUGAUGAGAAAGUAAAGAAACGAAGUAGAUGAUAAACAAAUGCAAUUGACAUGCAGGG